AUCAUAAUUAAGACCCCAGGUCGCUGAUGGAAUAAAGAGGCAAUCCUGGAGCAAGCGCUCUGUUCACCACUGCGCAAGUUAUCCAGCAGCGAUCGCCGGUUCUUUGCUGCUGCUCCCACUCGUUGCUAUCUUGCGCCCCGACGUAACGAGACGAGACGAGAAAAUGGGGGAAGAGCUAGGCGAGAAGCUUCUUGUGAAGAAAGGAGAAGAAGGCGAGGAGAGGCUAGGACGGAGGAUAUGGGUCGAGUCGAAGAAGCUCUGGAUCGUAGCGGGUCCCGCGAUUUUCACGAGAUUUACGAUGUUCGGCGUAGCGGUUAUCAGCCAGGCGUUUAUCGGGCAUAUCGGCUCGACGGAGCUCGCGGGCUUCGCACUCGUUACCACCGUCCUUUUCAGGUUCUGUAACGGAAUCCAGCUGGGCAUGGCGAGCGCCCUUGAAACGCUCUGCGGCCAGGCGUACGGUGCCAAACAAUACCACAUGCUUGGCACUUACCUCCAACGGUCAUGGAUCGUCCUCUUCUCGGUCACCAUCAUCCUCCUCCCGCUCUUCAUCUUCACGGCCCCGAUCCUACGGCUGCUAGGCCAGGCCGACGAGAUCGCAGCCAUGGCAGGGACCAUCUCCCUCAUGUUCAUCCCUGUCAUGUUCACCUUCAUCUUCUCAUUCACGCUCCAGAUGUACCUCCAAGCCCAGAGCAAGAACAUCAUCAUCGCUUAUCUCGCCGUCAUCCAGCUGGCUAUCCACAUCUUCCUGUCGUGGCUCAUGGUGGUCAAGUUCAAGUGGGGCGUCUUGGGCAUCAUGGUCUCGAUCUUCCUUACGGAUUGCAUACCGAUCGUUGGUCAGGUGGGGUACAUCUGCUGUGGUGGGUGUCCGGACACGUGGCAAGGCCUCUCCAUGCAAGCCUUCAAGGAUCUAUGGCCUAUUAUCAAGCUCUCUCUGUCCUCUGGUGCAAUGCUCUGCCUGGAGCUAUGGUACAACACUAUAUUGGUUCUACUAACAGGACACAUGAAAAAUGCUGAAAUUGCUAUAGAUGCUCUCUCAAUCUGCCUCAACAUCAAUGGGUGGGAAAUGAUGAUAGCACUUGGUUUCUUGGCUGCAGCAAGCGUGCGGGUGUCGAAUGAGCUCGGAAGAGCCAAUGCGAAAGCUGCAAAAUUUUCAGUUGUUAUCACGGUGGCUACUUCGCUUGUCAUUGGAUUGGCUAUCUUUAUAGCGUUCAUGCUCCUUCGUGGAAAAAUCUCUUACAUGUUUACAAACAGCACAGAGGUUUCGAAAGCAGUUGGAGAUCUUUCUCCUCUGUUAUCCUUGUCCAUUCUUCUCAACAGCGUUCAACCUGUCCUCUCAGGGGUUGCCGUUGGUGCGGGUUGGCAGAGUGUGGUCGCUUACGUGAACCUCGCAUGCUAUUAUUUGAUUGGGAUACCUAUUGGAGUCGUGCUCGGUUAUGUGAUCGGUUUUCAAGUUAAAGGAAUUUGGAUUGGAAUGUUGCUUGGCACGGUUGCUCAGACUCUUGUACUGUCUUAUCUUACAUGGAGAACUAACUGGGACGAUCAGGUAGCUAUGGCUGCCACACGUUUAAACAAGUGGUCCAUACCUUCAUCCGAGGAAACAAACAGCAGCCCAUCAACCACCUAAAGUAUAGUGUCCAGAGGCAGAAGGUUCCUGAGAUGUGGGUCACGUUUGGAUGUACUAUUGAAUUGGAUUGAAAUAAGUUGAUUAAAUAAAGAGGCAAUGACCAAUUGAAAGACUUUGGAACCCAAUUGCAAUUACAUCGAUUUAAAGUUGGAUUUUAAUCCUUAUCGUGAUUUCAACAUAACCUCAUUGCCUUUUGGUCACUUUUCCUCCCUAUUGAACUCAAUCCAAUUCAAUGUUGCAUCCAAACACAGCCUCAGCAGUACGAAGAACAGUGAUGGAUAUAUGAGAGAGCUAUCAAGCCUAAUUGAGAAGGGUAGUUGUUUUCAUCUUCGGUGUUGAAGCACCAUUUUUUGAAUUCAGGAAUGGUUUCCAUCUGUUAGUUGGUUAUCUGAGAUGGAAUGGAUUCAAUGCAAGGUAUGAAAAUUCUUCCAUCUAACCUUUAGCUAAAGAACAGGAGUGGAUUUUACUACUUGAGAAGUUCAUUUAAGUAGAUUUUAAGACAAACAUUUUCUAAGAUCAUGUAGGAAUUGUAUUUAGAACAAAGAUCACUACUGUUCAGUCCACUUAGAAGGGCACCCAAUGGAUGGAUUGUUCUGAUCAUUGGACCAUUUCUACAUGUGGACCCUAAUGGAGCUUGUGCA